AUGUCGUGGUUAAAAGAAGUUCGAGUUGUAGUUGGUUUUGAUUUCGGAACAACCUAUUCGGGAUUUACUUUAUACCAUGUCGAUGAUGAUGAUAUCGGAGAUAUCAAAACUAAUAGCGAAUGGCCAGGAGAGUUAGGAAAAUUUAAGACUAAUACAGUACUUCAAUAUAAAGAAGAUUUUGAAGAGGUUGAAUUAUGGGGUUAUCCGGCCUUGUAUAAGAAACCUAAUAGGAGAAGCGGAGGUGAUGAAACAAAACCUGUAGAAUUAUUUAAAUUACAUCUGGGUAAUUGUUUAGAAAAGUUUAAACCAAAAUUGCCUGAACCAUUAACUUACAAACAAGCAAUUACCGAUUAUCUUUUUAAGAUUGGAGAGUUGAUUAAAGAAACCAUUCCUAAAUACUGGACUGGUAUUGACUUCAUGGAACAUAUUCUUUUAGUUCUUACUGUACCAGCUGGAUAUUCAGAAAAUGAUAAAGCUAUAAUGAGAGAAUGUAUAUUCAAUGCUGGAUUAAUUAGCGACAAGCGUUCGGAAAGAUUGCAAUUUACAACUGAACCUGAAGCUGCAGCAAUCUAUUGUAUGUAUAGUAGUUUAAAGGAACACAAACUUACAGAGCCUGGAACAACUUUCAUGAUCGUCGAUUGUGGCGGCGGUACAGUAGAUUUAACAACACGUAAAUUAUUAGAAGAAAACCAAUUAGGUGAAGUCACGAGACGAGCAGGAGACUUUUGUGGGAGUACUUUCAUCGAUAAUGAGUUUAUCGAACUACUUAAAUGUAAAGUUGGAAAUUCAGCUGUAGAUCUCCUAAGAGAAAAACAUUAUGGUCAAUUGCAAUAUUUAGUUCAAGAAUUUUGUCAAAAUGUUAAACUACCAUUUACUGGAAAUAAUCCAGAUUUUAGUUACGAAAUAGAUCUUGAAGAGAUUGCUCCUGCAUUAUUACAGUAUGUCACUGGUUUAGAAAAAAUUUUCAUGGAAGAAAAAGAAUGGAUGAUUCAACUUGACUUUAACACCAUUAAAUCCAUGUUUGAUUCAAUUAUUGAUAGAAUUAUAGGAAUGAUUCGGGUUCAACUAGAUAAUUCUUCAGAAAAAUGUUCAGCAAUAUUCUUAGUUGGAGGUUUCAGCCAAUCUAAAUAUUUACAGAAAAGAAUCGAGAAAGAAUUCGGUCGAUUGGUAGAAAAUAUCUCGGUUCCGAAUCAACCCAUUGCGGCAGUUGUGCGUGGCGCAGCAAUUUACGGAAAAAGUUUACAAGAAUCAAAAAAUUUGAAGAGUAUGAACAAUGUAAAAUGUGUUAUCGCAACUCGUGUAAUGGAUUAUACGUUUGGAGUCGAAAUAAGCUGUUUAUGGAAGGAUGGAGAUCCUUUAGAUCGACACACAAGUGAUGGAAGAAUUUAUAAAUUUCUUAAGAUCGUAGAAUGUGAUGAUAUAGUUACAAUUGACCAAGAAUUUACAACUGAAAAUUUGGUUCCUAUUUAUCCGGACCAAACAACAAUAACUUUUGAUAUAUACUAUACACGAGAGCAGGAUGCUGAUUAUUGUAAUGAACCUGGUAUGAAAUUGCUUGGGAGCUUACUUAUCGACCUUCCCGAAGUGCAUUUAGGAACUAAUAGGCCUUGUACAUUCUGCUUAUCAUUUGGUGAUAUGGAAAUUAAAGCUAGGGCUUUUAACCAAACCAAUGGGCAACAUUAUCAAACCAAAUUCGAAUUUAAUACUUUCAAGGUGCAAUUUCCACUUCUAUUUGAUAUAAUCACUUAUAUUUCCUGA